AGUAUGUUUUACACGAACAAUUUUAAUGUAGGGGGUCAGUCUCGGGCUGCAUUUACAGCUAAACUGACGGAGCAUAAAUAAGUUGCGCUGGAGUUAUCCAGUGAAGGCUUCCCCAGAUACAGUACUGAACUUUUAUUUCGGAGAACAGUACUGCUAAAGCGGAGGCUCCCUCUGCCCCUCGCUACAGAAACAGGAGACAACUCUUGUAACUCUCCACCCCUUGAACUUUUUGAGCGCUAUCUUUUAGACCAUAUCUUUCUCCUUUCCAUAUCCCAAGAAGCAUGCUUUUUCCUACGCGUUUGCACCGGUAACGCUGCCUUCACACUUGCCGUGUUUGCCUUACUUUCAUUGCAUCGUUAUAUUAUAAUAUGCCAUGUCUCCAGGAGAGCCGGCUUCUCCCCUUUCUGUUGCUGCAUUUCGCCUGCUUGGUUGCACCCCGCGUCGGGUGCCUUCCGUCGGACGGCUUCCACUUUCCUGACCCAGAUCAAGGCGACUUCAUCCGCUCUCAGCAUGAAUUCUCCGUGGUCCGUCCGAGGCGGGUCAGCCAAGAUGGGCGGUUUAUGUCCUUUUUACUGACGCAUCACUUCGGACACGGACGGGACAAGCGAGACUUGGAGCCGUCUGAAAAGUAUGUUUACUACGCGCUUGCCUUCAGGGGCCGGGAUUUGACCUUUAACCUCACUGCCAACAGCCAUUUGCUCGCAAAUGAAUAUGUGCUGGAGAGGAGAUCUGGGGCCUCGAACGUGACGCUGCGGCGGCGGGCGUCUGGGGAAAAUGCCUGUCACCUUAUUGGGAGCGUGAUGGACUCCAAUUUUGAAGGGGCUGCAGCCAUAAGCACCUGUAAGGGAUUGAAAGGCUUCUUCAGCCUCCCCGAGGGCCAUCAUUUUAUUGAGCCUGUACAGGGGUACGAAGAGGAUGUCCAGCCCCAUGUUAUCUAUCAGUCCACCCCUCCCAGCAGGACCCGACGCAGCCCCCAGAGUCGGGGAGGGCCCAGCCCAUGCGGACUUAGAGACGCCCCCACGGCCGCGCGCCGCGUGGAGCUGGAGCGGGAGGCGUGGGAGCGGAACAGCCCGGGACAGGCGGGCCCACGCAGGAUGGCACAGCGCUCUGUGAGCCGCGAGCGCUGGGUGGAGACCAUGGUGGUGGCGGACUCCAAGCUCAUCGAGUACCACGGCGUCAGCAACGUGGAGUCCUACAUCUACACCAUCAUGAACAUGGUGGCUGGGAUUUUUCAUGAUGCUAGUGUUGGGAAUGCCAUCCACAUCAUUCUGGUGAGGCUCGUCCUGUUACCGGAGGAAGAGAAGGGACUGAAGAUCACCCAUCACGCUGACAACACUCUGUCCAGCUUCUGCACCUGGCAGAAGAAUGUGAAUCACCAGAGCGACACCCAUCCCGCACACCAUGACGUGGCGGUGCUCAUCACCAGGAAGGACAUCUGUGCGGGCAUGAACCAGCCGUGUGAGACCCUCGGCCUCUCCCACCUCUCCGGCAUGUGCCAGCCACACCGCAGCUGCAACAUCAACGAGGACUCGGGGCUCCCUGUCGCCUUCACUGUGGCUCAUGAGCUGGGGCACAGUUUUGGGAUCCAACAUGAUGGCCAGGGGAACGACUGCGACCCAACGGGGCGGCAACCCUACAUCAUGUCCCGCCAGCUGCAGUACGACACCUCGCCCCUCACCUGGUCACCCUGUAGCCGGGAGGCCAUCACGCGCUUCCUGGAUCGUGGUUGGGGGUCAUGCCUGGAUGACCGGCCCUCCAAGACAGAUCUCAGCACAUCUUUGGAGGCCCCUGGUGUGAAGUACACCAUCCAGCACCAGUGCCAGCUGCAGUAUGGUCCCAAUGCCACCUCCUGCCCCCAAGUAGAGAACAUUUGCCAGAUUCUGUGGUGCUCUGUGAAUGGCUCCUGUCGAUCCAAGAUGGAUGCUCCGGCUGAUGGGACCAGAUGUGGACCAAAUAAGUGGUGCAUCUCUGGGGAGUGUGUAAUCGUAGGGAAGCUACCCGAGACAGUGAACGGGGCCUGGGGUUUGUGGAGCUCCUGGUCUCACUGCUCCCGCACCUGUGGGGCCGGGAUCCAGUCUGCUGAGAGAGAGUGCGACCGGCCCAAGCCAGAAUUUGGCGGGAAAUAUUGCAUGGGCGAGCGAAAGCGCUACCGUGUCUGCAACAGCAAACGCUGCGGCCAGGAACAGCCUACCUUCCGCCAGAUGCAAUGCAGUGAGUUCGACACGGUACCCUUCAAGAACCAGCUGUACCAGUGGAUCCCCGUUAUCAGCACUGCCUACCCCUGCGAGCUGCACUGCCGGCCAGUGGAUGACCAGUUCUCGGAGAAGAUGCUGGACGCCGUGACGGACGGGACGCCGUGCUUUGUGCACAACAGCAGCCGGAGUGUGUGCAUUAACGGCGUGUGUAAGGAAGUGGGCUGUGACUAUGGCAUCAACUCAAACGCCGUGGAGGACCGCUGUGGGGUGUGCCUGGGGGAUGGCUCUUCCUGCCAGACCGUUCGGAGGAGCUUUGACGAGGGGGAAGGUCAUGGUUACGUGGACGUGGGACUGAUACCGGAGGGGGCGCGGGAUAUCGUGGUGCAAGAGGUGGAGGAAGCCGCUAAUUUCCUGGCACUAAGGGGGCAGGACACAGAGGAGUACUACCUGAAUGGGCGCUAUAUCAUCCAAUGGAAGGGCGAGUACGAAGCGGGGGGGGCCACCUUCUACUACGAGAGGAGUGGCAACCUGGAGAACCUGACUUCACCGGGGCCCACGCGGGAGCCAAUCAUGAUCCAGCUUCUUUUCCAAGAGAAGAACCCGGGAAUCAAGUAUGAAUACACCAUCAGAAAGAGCCGUCAGAGAGGCAACGAGAUUCUGCAACCGGAGUACAGGUGGAAACAUGGUGCCUGGACUGACUGCAGCGCCACCUGUGGGGCAGGGGUCCAAAACCAGCCAGUCCGCUGCUUCGAGGCUGAGGCUGGAGUGGUGGAGGAGUCUCUCUGUGACCCCAUAACGCGACCCAAAGACCGGCAACGCAAGUGCAAGAAGAUAGACUGCCCGGCUAGGUGGUGGGUGGGUGCCUGGCAGCCUUGCUCCGCCCCCUGUGGCCCGUCUGGCCUGAAGAAGCGCACGGUGCUGUGCGUGCGGUCCGUGGGCUCGGAGGAGCGCGUGCUGCACCCUGGGGACUGCAGAAACCUGCUCAAACCCAAACCUGCAGUGCCCUGCAACCGAGAUGUGCAGUGCGGGUCCGAAUGGGCCGUGGGACCCUGGAGUGAGUGCUCCGCCUCCUGUGGGGGCGGGGUCAGGUCGCGCACCGUCACCUGCCGGACAGCGCCCAGGCGUCGCUGCCAGGCUUCCAGCAAGCCGCGCUCCCAUGCCCUGUGCGGGCUGCAGAGCUGCCCCUCUGCCCGCAGAAAGCCCCCCCCAGCCAGCAGGAAGGCCACUACCCACACCUCCUCCACCCUGGAGACAGAAACUGUCACCACGGUGACCGCAGACCCCGGACCUCCAGCUAGCUCCACUGCAGCCUCCACUGCAGCGAGCCCCGAGGGCGACCGGCACCAUGCUGCGGGCCGAAACGCCGGCGAGGGCGACGGGGGGGCUCCCACAGCCCCUUCUUUCACGUCGGACGAUGAAGGAAGCACAGAUGGCUUCUUGUUUCCUGGCAACCGGCAUAAGUUAGACGACAUCACAGAGGACUCUGCUGUGGCUGGGAGGCACGGCCUGUGGGCGUCGGCUACCACCGUCUCCGACCCCCCCACAAUGCCCCCUCCCUCGACACCUGCAGAAGCCUCAGCGUCUUCCACAUGGACACCCUCCUACAGCCCUUCCAUGACGCUGGGUCCAACAUGGGGACCAGUAACUACCCAGGCCUCUCUGCCCAGCUCAGGGCAAUCUGGUGGGGCACCAGAGACCUUGCCUACCUCACCCCAGACGGCCCAGGAUGCUGGGUUUGCCGGGACCUCAGAACCAAACAGCACAGCUAACCCUACAGGCAGCCACAGCAAUGGACCUCCUGUUAACAUGAACGUCUUCUGGGUGGUGGGCAACUGGAGUGAGUGCUCUACCUCCUGUGGCCUGGGGGCCAUGUGGCGAACAGUUACAUGCAGCUCCCCCCAGGAGGCGCUCUGCUCAGACAUCAGGAGACCCGACCCUGCCAGGAGGUGCCAUCUCCGUCCCUGUGCUACCUGGCACAGUGGCGACUGGGGCAAGUGCCCAGAGGGAUGCCUAGGGGGCAGCAGGCAGCGUGAUGUGCUAUGCAUGGACACCCAGAGCCAGCGUGUGCUACGCCCCUACCACUGCCAGGCGGUGGGGCACCGCCCCCCCAGUUCCGAGCCCUGCCUCUCGCGGCCUUGCCAAGCCUGGCAGUUCUCCCCCUGGGGAAAGUGCUCGAAGGGGUGUGGUGAGGGCCAGCGGGAGCGCCUUGUGUACUGCCCAGAACCGGCCCGCUGUGAGCCGACCCAGAAGCCUAACAGCACCGAGCCGUGCAACCAGCACUUGUGUUUCCAGUGGCAGGCCAUGGCCUGGGAGGAGUGCUCCGUGAGCUGUGGGGGUGGAGUGCAGCACCGCGCGGUGACGUGUGUGAAUGAGGAGUCGGGCGGCGUGGAGGGCGGCCAGUGUGAACGGAGCAGCCGGCCAGACGACUUCCAGAAGUGCAACCUGCAGAAAUGCGAGAGUGGCCCUGUGCCCAGGUGUACGAAGGACAGCAUGUCCACACGAUUCUGUGAAAGACUGAAACUCCUGGGUCGAUGUGCCCUCAGCUCCAUCUGGAAACGGUGCUGCAUCACUUGUGCGGGUUAACUGUGAUCACCCCUCCCCCCGCAGCCCCACUAGCAUAUAACCACUGUCAUACUGGGAACCACCAAGGCGCUGAACCUCAGCAAACAACAGACAGAACAGAGAAACACACAAUAAUCGACAAACACGAGGAGCACAUACGCUGCUAAAACAUAUAACACACCCAAAACAGAAACACACAAAAAAAAAAGAAAACACACAAAAACAUGAUUAGCGUGUCUCUUCAGUCUGUGGUAGGUGGUGCUGAAAGGGUACAGAUUUUUAUUAUUCUGCCAGUUGUGAGAUAUGGCCCCUCUGAGACACAAAGACAUUGCUGACACAAUGAACCGAACACCUCGCUGCCUUGUGGUCUGGUCCCACCAACGCUCUGUGGUUAUUCCACCGCAGGAAGAGAAGUGGCCACCCGCCCAACUACGCUGAACAUCUCCGUGGUGCUUAAUACGAGUCUUACACUGUUCUGUUCAGUGACUUUCAUUUUGUGCCUCAUAGAUGGCAAAGGAUGAUCAGAAUAUUUUUAAAUGGAUUUCCUUGAUGAGGUGGAAGACAAUAAUGCAUGCAUGGUUACUCUGUCACUGAAACGGCCAUGGUGCUGGAUUAGAGCUAGUAAAUUUGCUCCUUAUUUUUACACUGAGACGCACUGAGUGAUAUGUUGCAACAGCCUAACACUUGCUGGUCGACUACGGAAAUACAGUAGUGUUUCGCAGCAAAAUACAGUUUGGUUCAGCUUUGUGUUAGCACAGUGUUCAGCCUCAGUGUUAGUUCAGGAUAGGAUAUUAAUCAAUAAUAAUACAAACAUGUUCAGCUGUAUUACAAAGUAUUUUUUUAAGGAUAUUAUAACAAUUUAUUUUCAACAGGAUAUUCAGACUGUUGCAUUUGUAUGGUAAAUAGAUUAAAUGUAUGGUAAAAACAGGGCAGAAGAAAUGAAUUCCCUGCUGACUUAAGAAGCAGGGCAGUGAUUGUGAGAACAGGGUGCUAUGGGAUACUGUGUAUUUAGCCAGAUACUUCCAGAAGCUACAGGUGUCCUCCACAAUCAGCACAUGGAUGUGUCUGUAAAUUAUCCUGUGCUUACUGUCACUCCACUUAGGCCUCUUCUGGUGCCUCUGACUGCCUGUUCUUAUUAUGUUUGGCUAACACUUUUUUAUAUGUUUUAUCCCAUAGAUAACUGAAGCACUCUAGAUUCGCGACAGAGUACAGCGAAACCAAAUAGAAGCAAAACCGGGGUUUUAAGUUCAUGCUCAUAAUUUCCCCGCUACCCAUUCCUUCGUACGUCAAUCGGGAUUUCAAAAUCCACCAGAAUUUAAUCAUCCUAGGACUCACUGUUAGAAAAGGGUUCCUCUUUGUCAGGCAUGUUUUAUUUGGUGUAGGGAAUAUGUUCAGAAUAUGUAUGGGUCUGCAUGGAUAAUGUUUACAAGGGGACUCACUGAAGUAUGCAAUGUGAACUUCUAAAUGGCAAUUGCUUUGCUGUAUUGUCACACAUUUGUAAAUGUGACCUCACAACUUUUUUUGAUUAGUGAAACCAGUCAAGGUGCCAACAAGAACAAAUGAAAAUUACAAAGGAAACAAUGCUACUUUAAAUAUGGUCCCUAAUUCAUAAUUUUAUUUUCUGUGGUCCCAUGGCUGAGUGAUCUUUGGGCAGUGGUCACUUGGUAACAUCUCACUCUUUCAUUAUUAAAUCUGAAUUCAAGUCAUUUGACAAGCUGUUCACAGUCAAUAGAAAACUCAUGUACCCAAGGGCAUAACUUCAGGUUGGGCAUUGGGGUGUGGUCUUCACCCAUUUAAGGGGAUCCAGGUGGGUUGUAGUUGCUGGUUUUGAUUAUUGAGGGGGUUACAACUCCCCAUCCCCCAUAUUUUACAUCCAUGCAUGUACCAACCUUGUGGCCCUUGAGAACUGGAGUAUAAAUUGUGCAAAUAUAUUGUACAUCCGAUUGGGGUGACCCCAAAAUGUUUUGUUGGUUUUGAUUUGUUCUGAAAUCAAUGUGGCUGUUAAAACUGCGGUGCUAGCAUUUCAGCUAACAUCUGAAUGUGCAUGAGGUGUUGCUGGUCAUCACUCUCAGGCCUUGAUAAUAGGUCUAAGUAUUUGAUAAUGUACGUGACUGACAGACUGCCUGUACCUCGAAUAUCUGCAUUAAUAAAUGCCGUUAUUGACUGUG